CAAUCAAAUGUUACAUUUACAGCAACUGAUAUUUGAUUAGGUGUUGUCAUCUCUACCUAUUUAUAACAACUAACAUCUUCGGUCGUUGCAAGAUGAAGAUACUAAUUGUUGGUUUCUUGAAAACCGGAACCAAAAGUAUGUGCCAAGCAUUGAGAAUUCUGGGUUACAAUGUAUCAGAACAUGGAAGACACUUCGAGGAGUUAUAUGAAGAAUGGAUGGAAUUUCUGGAAGGAAAAGGAAACUUUGAAAAUUUACACCAAAUGUUUGAAGGUUAUGACGCAACAAGUGACACUUUUGCUAUAGCUUAUUGGAAAGAGUUUCUCAAGGCUUUUCCUGAUAUUAAGUUGAUUCUCACUAUGCACGACGAUAAAUACAAAUGUGCAAAGUCUUUCAUCAACCAGUAUACCAAGUACAAUGAAUCUGCUUUUUCAUUCCCACUUUCCGUCUUUUCAAUGAAAGCAAGACGGUGGUUUGACCUAGAAAGGAAAUCUGUUGCAAAAUUCUGCAAACCACCUUCCGAGAUCACUGGAUUUGAAAUAUGUAAAAAAUUUCCCAUUUUGGAUCAAGAUCAGUAUGCAAAAUAUUACGAAGACCACAAUAACGAUGUCAUAGAGAAUGCACCCAGGGACCAAUUGCUCAUUUUCAAUGUUAAAGAAGGCUGGGGACCAGUCUGCCAAUUCUUGGGGCAUGAAAUACCAGAUGUGCCUUUUCCGCAUGAGAACAAGGGUGGAGCGAUAACUGCACAUCGCCUGAAACAUGAUUCAUAUGUGAAAGGAAUGUACACUGAAAUGUACAUUACUUUCGCAUUAAUAGUUUCGGUCAUUACUAUUGCUGCUGCGUAUUUGUGGUAUUAACUUUCCAUUUCUGCUUUCCAUAUACAGAAUUUUUAUCAUAUACCUCCUAUUAACAAUAAUCAUAUAUCUAUAACAGGAGUGGGCAACCUUUUUCGGUUUGCGUGCUGAAAUGACUAAACUCAAUGAUUAAAUUCUUUCAAGUAGCCUACCUACCGAAAUUUGUCAUAACAUAGUAUUGACCCUUUUGAAUGGAUAUAGGAGGGGCCCAGAGAAAUGAUAUGGAAUCCCCCAAACAGUGAAAACACAACAGGCCAAAAUUGCAAUUCCUCUUAAAAAAAACAAUGCUUUGUUACUACUCCAGAAGCAGAACAUGCACAAUAAUAAACAUUUUUAAUACAUAUUGAGUUUUAUUUCGAAAAAAUACCAGUCCGACAAUAAGCUUUGCUUACUUUUCUCGUGCUAUAUCUGUGAGACUUCUGCUGCUACUGCUGCUAGUU